CUGAUGGCACAGGCACUUGUUGACGAAUCACCAUUUCUGCAAUUUCUACAAUUUGUUUUCAAUUUUAACGCUUGAAAUAAGACAGAAUCAUGUUGGAAAAAGUUAAAAACGUGAUAAUAGUGCUCUCUGGAAAGGGUGGCGUGGGCAAGUCUACUGUUAGCACACAACUGGCGCUGGCACUGCGCCACGCGCGACACAAGGUGGGCCUGCUGGACAUAGAUCUGUGCGGACCCAGUGUUCCCUUUUUGCUGGGCCUCGAGGGCAGCGAUAUCUAUCAGUGCGACGAAGGCUGGGUGCCCAUUUACACGGAUGAGAGCAAAACUCUGGCCGUAAUGUCAAUUGGAUUUCUGUUGAAGAGUCGCACGGAUCCCGUUAUUUGGCGUGGUCCGAAGAAAACCAUGAUGAUACGCCAAUUCCUCACCGAUGUCAAGUGGGAGGAACUGGACUAUUUGAUUAUUGACACGCCGCCCGGCACCUCCGACGAGCACAUCACCGUCAUGGAGUGCAUGCGUGAAGUGCCCUGCAAUGGCGCCAUUAUUGUAACAACGCCACAGGGCGUGGCCCUGGAUGAUGUACGCAAAGAGAUUACCUUUUGCAAGAAGACGGGCAUACGGCUGCUGGGCAUAGUCGAGAACAUGAGUGGCUUUGUGUGCCCCAAUUGCACCAACUGCACCAAUAUCUUCUCGUCGAACGGCGGCGUUGAGCUGGCAAAUCAUGCCCAGAUUCCACACCUCGGCACCCUGCCGAUAGAUCCACGCGUGGGCGUGCUGGCAGGCUCGACAGCCUCUGUGCUGGACGAGCUGCCCGAUUCGACAACGGCCCAAGUGCUGAGGGGAUUAGUUCAGCAUUUGGAUGCACUAACAGCAGCCGGUGGUCCAUAGAUUAAAUAGUGCUUAGAUUGUUGAAUAAAAUGAAAUGAUAAAAGGGAAUGCCAGUCAAUGUCGUUUGCGAGUCAGGAUUGCGAAACUGUUCGAUUAGCAAACCGAGUCGCACUGAGCCUUUUGGAAGGAUCAAUCCCCAUGUGCCCAGUGGGGUAUGGCUUUGCAUAUCCGAGGCUCACUUUUUGUAUGUAUUUAUGUAUGUUUUAAAUGUAUAUAUAUAUAAUUUAUGAGUGAGAGUAACUGUGUCCAAAAGGCGUACAUAUACGUAUGUAUGUAGGUGCCUUUUUGUUUGUUUAAUACUUAAUCCAAUCUUCGAUUUCCUUUUCGUUUUCUUGCAGUUUUUUUCUAUGUUGUCUUUGAGCUAUCUAAGAGUUAUUACAAGAUAACGUCAACUGUCUUAAUGGAACCUUAAACUAAAUUCUAAA